UAGCCCUCCCGUCGCCCUCAUUCCUCCCCCUCAUAGACUAUGUGCUUGGAGGGUGAGUGACUGAUUAUUAGAGAGGGAGAGGGAAGGAAUAGAAACCCACCUUGGCUUCACUUUCUAGGAGACCAGCGAAGGAAAGAAUAGAGAAAGAGGAGAGAGAGAGAGAAGGAAGGAACAGGAGGAGAUCAUGAAGAGAGAGAAAGUUGGGCAGCAAUAACAACAGCAGAAGAUACAGAAGAAGCAUAUCUCUCUCUCUCUCUGUCUCUGGGUCGUUAUUGCAUUUUCCUUUCUGCUGCUGCUGCUGCUGCUGCACUCGCUCUGCCCUCUUUCUCUCUCUCUCUCCCUUCUACUCACAUAAAUAAGAACUUUUUCAUCAGAAAAGCCAAGUGACAGUCUUAGUAGAAGUAGCUACAGAAGAAGCAGAAGCCAGAAGCAGAAGCAAAGCAGCAGUCCUUCCUCUGAUCUCUCUCCUCAUCUAGAGAAAGGGAGAGAGAGAAUUUCAGAGACCCCACAUAGAUUGAUAGAUACUUGAAAUUUUUUCAAGAUCAGAUAUAUAUAUAUAUAUAUAUCUCUACACAUAUAUAUAUAUAUAUAUAUAUAUAUACUCAUCUCUUUUUUGCUAGCUUGUAUUUAUAGUUACUUCCAUCCAUCAUCCAUCUGUUGCAUAUGUAUAAUAAAUAAAACAGAGAGAAAGAGGGAGAGAGAGAGACAGAGAAAGCAAGCGAGAUUGGAUUAGUCCUCAGAAAUAGCAGUUGUGGCUACUACGAGGAGGCUGCCUUCCGAUUCUGGCGCUUUUGCAGACUGGGUGGCUUCCUCCUCCUCCGCCGGCCGCGCCGCAGAAGACCUCUCCCUCGGCUUCAAUGCCGCCCCCGCCGCCGGACCCUCCACCGGAAUGUGGUCGUCCUCCUCCGCCGCACGCGGCCACCUCAAUUACGCCGGCCUCUCCCCGGAGAUGAGCGUCGUCGGCCUCCGCGACCUCUUCGUCGUCGCCCCCGCCUCCUCCUUUCACCACUCCACACAACCCCAUGAUCCCUUAAUUUCCGAUCCCCACUCCGUCACCGCCUCCAACGCCGCUACCGCCCUCGGCGUCGGCGUCGGCGUUAUCCCCCUCCUCACCGCCGCCCCCUGCCUCCCUCCCACCGCCGUCGACGACGGCGAAAACAACCAUAACAAUAACCACAGAAGUACCACCGGUACCGGAAUUCAGCUGUGGCAGAACCAGCAGGCUCAUUCAAAUUAUUUCAAGAAACCCAUGAUGAAUAUCUUCGACAACAACAAUUCCGUGAAUUUGCUUCACGGCGGCGGAGGCGGUGGUGGUGCGGGAUCGGCUCCGAUGGCGGGGGUGGCGACGUGUCAGGACUGCGGGAACCAGGCAAAGAAGGACUGCAGUCACCGCCGGUGCAGGACGUGCUGCAAGAGCCGGGGCUUCGAGUGCUCCACGCACGUGAAGAGCACGUGGGUCCCCGCCGCUCGCCGCCGUGAACGUCAGCUCAUGGCUGCUGCCACUGGCUGUGCUGCCGGGUCUUCUGGGUCCACUUCCGGCGCCAAGAAACCCAGACUCAUCACUUCGCAAACCACAACCACCUCUCAUACUUCCACUUCUAACACUACUCCCCAAGGAAGCUUCGACACUAGUUCUAGUCAACACCAAGAUCCGAGCUUUAAAGAGUCGUUGCCGGGGCAAGUGCGUGCGCCGGCGGUUUUCAAGUGUGUGAGGGUGACGGCGGUGGAGGACGGGGAGGACGAGUACGCGUACCAGGCGGUGGUUAAGAUCGGCGGCCAUGUGUUCAAGGGAUUCUUAUAUGACCAAGGGUCUGAAACAAGAGAAGGGUACCCUAACAUUUCAGAGCUGCAUUUGGGCGGUGGUGCUGGUGGCGGCGGAAGGAACGGGAUGCCUUCAUCGUCCCCGAUGCUUGACCCGAACGACGUCUAUGCCCCCACCGCCGGGGGAUUGCUAGGCGGUUCAGCCUAUGGUAACCAAAUAAGCUGAAACAUAUAUCGCUUUCUCCUUUCGGGUUCAAGAGGUUGCAUGGAAUGACCAACAGAAAACGGUGAUGUUAAUUAAUUAAUUGUCGUAGUUCAAAUGUCUAAUUAAUUCCUCUUAUAUCUUUGCAAGGUAAUCGAUCGGUAGAUUGUUCUUGUAGACUUGUACCUUAUUAACACGUCUUCUUGUUGGUUUUGGCUUCUC